AUGAGCGCAGCGUCGACAUCUCGCCCCCGACACCAAAGUCCGCGACCUCGCUUCACGCUCGACGGCCACGACGAGGACGGCGAGGCGGCUGGGGACGAGUACGAGCUCGACGACGUGCCGCCUGUGCCGAGCAUCAUCGUCCAGGAGUCCGAGCCGGCGAGGAAACCGACUUCAUCGGUUCACGGUGGGGACGAGGAAGAGCGAGAUCUUGACAGGGAGGAGUGGCAUGUCGGCUUUGCGAAAGGAGCGGAUACGGUGAUACCAACGAACGCAGUGACAGACCAGGACGAGCGUGUUGGGGGAGGAGACGGCUUCGCGCAGCAAGUCGGCGAGGACGGUCGCGAGCGAGAACGGGCGGGAGCGCUUCCUGACUCGUCAGAAGGGAUGUCAAAGGAAGGGACGAAAGAUCCUGCCGCGCCCUUCGACAAGCCAGAGUUCGCCGCGCCCGCAGGAUCGACUAUCCCCGUCGCCCUCAAGCGGAAACUCCCCUCCCUCCCCGGCUUCCUUUCCUUCGCCUGGGUCAAGCCACAUCUGAGCUGGAAGGGAUUUCGACCAGUCGUGCGGGCGAGCGUUGCGGGCUGGUGCGGGCUAUUGUUGAUGCUUUGCGGACCAAGCGAACGCAUGCUAGGCCAAGCAAGCUUCCUCGUUCUGAUCGUCGCGAUCAUCAGUCCCGCCUCGCAGCCUAUCGCAACGGCAAUCGAGGAGACGUUCUUGCAGUUCCUUCUCGUCGCUAUCGCGUGGGCUUGGGCCGUCAUUGCGCUCGCCAUCGCCCACGCCUCGCGGAACAAGUACCAGUUCACACAGGCUGCUUUCAACGCCUAUGCAGCUCAGCGGUACGCCCAACCAGGGAUGUCAGCUGCAGACGUACAGAACGCGGUUCGUGUCGCCAUAUUCCAUGGCGAAUUCAUCGAGCCAGCAGCAAGCGCAGUCUGCGCAAUCUUUCUCGGCGUCGGCUGCGGCUUCUUCCUUUGGCUUCGAGGCUUUCUCGGUCCCGGUCCCGCGAUUUUCGGCGUCAUCUUCGCGAUGAUCUUGACGAUUAUUACACUCACGAUCGGCGUCCUCUUCCCGUAUCCAUACUACUCGAUCGGCCUCAUCUUCAUGAUCCCCUUCUCCUGCCAACAAGCGAUCAAGCUCGCCUGCACCUUCCUCGUCUUCCCUGAAACCCUCGCACACCAGUUCUCGGACCGCCUCAUCUCCGCGCUCCAGCCUCUCCAGGGCGUCAUCAAGGACACGAGCAAAAUGCUCAAGGCAAAUCCGCGCACGGAGGAGUGGCUCGCUUUCAAGUCGAUCAAGGCGGGCGCUAACGCUGCGAUUGGAGGCGUCGCGCUGAUGGGCUUGUCCGAGGCGAACCUCACUCGCGAGAUCAGUUUCGCCAGGGUCAGCGGGAGGGACUUGUCCAUGAUUCUGCAGGCUAUGCGGGUCCUGACGGCACGGACGACCGGCUUCGUCUUCUUCUACGAGGUUGUCGAGAAGCAUCUUCAUCGCGACGUCUCGGAGGCGAAAGGAGGUCCAACUGCCGACGCCCUCGUCGUCCAUCUCGCACAUUCGCGACCAGGCUCUCCCGACGAGACGCCGGGCUCGACCCGUCCACCAUCACCCGAACGUGAGCGCAAUCACGAACGGCACGAAUCGUCAAUCUCGAUGGAUGUGCAUGCGCUCAAUCAUGCGCUCAACAAGGUCCAGCACCACCAGGACCAGAACCAUUCGCCCGUCUCGUCAUCGCCUCUCUCGCCAUCUCACACUCUACCUCGCCAGUCUUCUUCGCACAACCUCCGCUCCCGCGACCACUCGUCGUCUUCGCUCACCGACCUCGUCCACGCCACGUCGCACGGUUCGGGCAGCGAACGACGGUCUCGCACCCACUUCCCCGAGCAUCACUUCCACCGCAUGCACUACUCGGGCGCGAACGGCAAGCGGAGAUCAAGGUCGCGAGGUCGGCACGGCAAAGGCUCGUCCAGCCACAUUUCACUGCCGAGCCUACUGCACGAGGUGCUGCAUCCUCAGAUUGAUGUCAAGCCCGUCGGCGUCGUCGAGAGUACGGUCUAUGCGGACCUCGAAGACUACCUGCACAACCCCCGCGACGAGCAGCACAUCGAGGAGAUCAUCGCCCUCCUUUCGAAAGCGAGCGCCGACUUGCUCUGCAUCCUCGACAAGUCCCUCGCCCACCUCAUCGAGACUAUCCAUCGCUUCAAGUCGCUCAACGACACUCUCCGCGCCGCUUUUCGCUAUAACGAGAAGGAGGCGGAGCAGCUCAUCAUCAAGUCGCGCGCUCAGCUUGACGAGCUCAAGACGGCUCUCGCCGACUUCCGCGACACUCGGCGACUCGACGUUGUCAAACCCUUUGCCAAGCUGCUCGACCCGUACGGCCUCGACCCGUCGCACGACGGGGAAGAGCUGCAAGCGCCUAGUCAUCGCGGCCUCUUCUGGGCUUUUCAGCUCCAACACACCCUCAUCGGCUGGUCCGAAGCGCUCAUUGACGUCUUCGAGACGACGCUCAAGAUCGAGUCGAAGCGGCGACGACCAAGGCUAUGGUUCCCGGACUGGCGGAAAGCGAAGUUCCAGCCAGCAGUAGGCGGGCAGGACUACGGCGACGAGGACCCCGAGGUGCUGCGCGACCUGAAUACGCAGGCGUUUGCUGCGCCGCGAAAUCCGGACUACAAGGCGCCUAAAACCCUUGUACAGGUUGUCGGCGUGCGACUCUACCACGCUUCGGAGCUGGCGACGCGGCGGGACGUUCUCUUCGGCAUCAAGAGCGCUGUCCUGCUGGGUCUCUGCAGCCUGCCAGCGAUGUUCCCCGGCAGCGCGUGGUUCUUCUAUCGGCAGCGCGGCAUCUGGGUCCUCGUCAUGAUCUGCCUGACGAGCAACCAGUUCCUCGGCGAUGUCUUCUUCGGCUACGUCGUGCGAGUAUGGGGCACACUCGUCGGCGCCGCUCUCGGUCUCCUCCUCUGGUCAAUCGCCGCGCAGAAAGGCGCUGGGAAUCCCUUCGCUGUCGGCGCCGUUUGCGCUGUCGCCUUCCCCUUCAUCUUCUUCUACCGCGUUCACAUGCAGCCGCCAAUGACGGCUAUCCUUCCGAGCGUCACAGCCAUGCUCGUGAUCGGCUGUUCGUCUAACAGCUGGCAGGAUGCGCACAACCCGACACUCUCUUCGGUCGGAUCCGGCUGGGAGGUCGCCUGGCGCCGCUUCAUCUGCGUCAUGCUCGGCAUCACGAUCGCCUUCAUAUGGGCGCUCCUUCCCGGCUCGUCGAGGCAGAAGGUCACGAUCCGCCGAGCGUACGCCAAGGUUAUUGGACGAAUGGGCGACGUAAUCUGCCAGAUCCUGUCGUACGCGAACUGCAAGGAAGGGCCAACAAAGGCGCCGAAGGUCAUCAUCAACAACCUCGCCGCCUUGCGAGCGCGGGUCAACAGGACUGUGCAGGCGCGCGCGAUGGCUCGGUACGAGCUCAGUCUGCAGGGACCGUGGCCGAGCGAUCUAUACGCAUCGCUUCAAGCCCUGCAGAUGGAGAUGCUGGACAUGCUUGGCCAGUUCUGUAUGGUCCUCUCAAAGCUCGACAGGAACUGGACCAAGGCGUUGCUACAUCGCACGCAGUUUGCGAACCCGCGCUUCCUGCAAGACGUCCUCCAGACGCUCCAGCUCAUUUCGAACGCCCUGGACCACGGCCAACCUUUACCCUUCAUCUACAACCCGCUUCUAGAACGCUUCCUCAAGCCGCCCGAGGUGCUCGCAAGCGGUCGUCAACUCGGCUACGGCUACGAGCUACAGCUCGGCGACGAGGAAUUCGAGGGUCUGCCGCAGCACGUCGACUUCAAGACGAUCUCCUCGCUCGACUACCUCCGCUUCUCGAGCGGAGUCUCGCAAGCCUAUGCGCUCAUCAAUAGGUUGGACCGUCUGAUGUUUGUCGCCAAGUCUCUCGUCGGCGAGAACUAUCUUCUUUAUGGCCUCGACGCCUCGACUCGACGGCAGCACCCGCACGACGAGGAGGAGGGCGAGGGUUUGCUGGACCACCACUUCCACGGCUCGGCAGAAUCGCGGCGGAACAGCUUCGAUACGCAAGCGUAG